UUCCAGCGCUCGAGCGCAACAAUCGCAACAACGCGAAAGUGUGACUACGGCGCCAGCAGUAUCAGCAACAAGUGUUUGCGCUCCUUCAAACCAAUCGCUACCGCUAAAUUUACGGAUCGUUCGAUAGUACGUCAGGUGCCGCCGGUUUGGCUCUGCUUGUUAUCGGUUCCUUGAACCCGCUUGAUCGUACGGUGCCGUGGCGUGUGGCUUGUACCACGCGAAUGUGAUCGCUCUGCAGUAGAUUUGUCGUCCAGGCUUAUGUGUAGUGCACGUGGUACUCCGUUGAAGGACCGAGUGGAUCGUGGACGUUAAAUAAAUUCAUUGUGAAGAGCUUUAUGCAAGAAUUGCAUAUUCUAAGAGACUAAAGUGUUUAAUCAGUGGUAUCGGAUUAGAGGACAUUCCGCAACGCUUCCAAACAACAUUACAUAAAGAACCGAUACUGUAAAGGUUAGAGGUCAGAGGAAGAGCAGCCAGAAAACAGUGCAAAAAUGAUUACCCAUUGGACGCUCCUAAUGGUGGUUACGCUGCUGGCGGUGGGACCGUACCGAGCACUGGGCCGCCCAACGGAACCGGAAGCUCAAUCCCUGCGAAUGGAAGAACUGUACAGCGAGCUGGCCGACGAGUUCCGUCAGCUGCACAACCAAGAGCUACGUCUGCUACAGUAUCUGGCCGUACAGGCCGAGCAUCAGCAGCGCGAGGAAGCCUAUCUGCAGCGACAACGUGAACAGCGGGAACUGUUGCACGCGGCACGCAACUCUCUGCUUGACCAAGGCUCCCUGCUGGACGAUAUUCCGGCCGAGUACGGAUCGACUUCUGGUGUAUCGAAUGGAGGUGAUGGCACCGGUGGCCUGCCACCCGUGGUCAAUGGCCGCAGUCUAAGUGCUUACGGAACGGAUCUGGCCGACCAGACGGACGUGAUGCAAAGGGAGAUCCCGCAUCAGAAGAGCAAAGCCGAAAAGAAAAAUAAUCACUACAUGUCCUUAUGCCACUUUAAGCUCUGCAACAUGGGCCGUAAGCGUACUCAACGAUUUGCUCAGCUAUGGAACUAAGAUGCUUGCCGUGCUGGACUAAGCGAUCGACCCCACAUCUACUGAAUCUUUACGGAGAGGACACAUGAAGAUCCGCCAAACGGGAAACGGGGAAGGCUAGCGAGCCAAAAACAAAACACAUUUCACAACAAUAUUACUCAAACCAUUAACCUGCAACGAUUCAAUCAUCCCCCCCCCCCCACCAAUUGGAGAGCUUUUCGAGCUAACGGAAAGGUACGGUUUCUCUGCCCAGCACCGUUCACAUUGUAGCGCUAAAGGCCAAACAAAGGGCUGCAAGCGAAAUCUAGUACCGGUUGCAUAUAAUGUUAUAUGUAAAUCACAAUACACAUGAACACAUGAACGAUUGGAAAGCAUACACACGCUGUUUAGAGGCCAGUUAUUUAUCAAACUUAAAUUAUUGUUCGAAAUUACUAUUGAUACUUAAACAAAUUAUCUAUUUACAAACUUUCAUCUCGAACUUCCUGAUGAAGGUGAAUACACGGAACACAAUUGGUAUAGAAGCUAAGCCCGGGAAAUCGAGACACCGAGUAGAAGGGUAGGACUGAACGUAUUAGAGUGCCAACUAGUUGCGGGCUGCGUAGCGUUAAGAGUUAGGCAGGAAUGGGUACAGGAGGGACACAGUACACAGUGCACAGCUAUGGGAACAGGAACAUGUACAAGUAUUCAGAAUACUCGGUUUGUCCUAAGUUGCGAUCACGCUCGCGAUCUGUCCGCAUCAAAACUCACUGUUUUCCACCGAUUGUGUGGAUCGAGAUGCUGAAGAGUGAGAGAGAGAGAGAGCUUUACAUUAUAUUAUUUUAAACGAAUGAACGAAACGUCCAACGCAUCAUUGCCACAACACCAUCCAAGGAAUUUUAAGUUAGCAUCAACCCUGUAUCGCCCGGAAAACCGGAAACACCCGUGACGGUGCGCGAAACCAAAUCCAGAAGUAAACGAUUCGUAUUACUAGCUCUAGUUAAUAUUACUAGGUUUAUCAAAUUAGGCUUAAUUUCGACAGACUCUCUGAAUCAGUUCAGUUUAGCUAAUGUUUGAUAAGUUUGUGAGUUGCGAAUGAAGACGGCAAGACUAUAGCGAAAUGAUCCCACAUCUAGAAAUACAUGCACCUAAACUAUACUACACGCUUUUUGGGGAGUCGUUCAUGAUAGCACGCGGCAACUGCAGCAGCAGCAGCAGCAGCAGCAGCGAGCGGGGGUCACAUUGUUCGAGCAGCAGCAUCUGCAGGUUGAUGAUGAUCUAUGACAUGACACAGAAGACUGCGGGAGUAUGGCGACUUUAGUUAAAGCGGGGACAAGAGCUCAUUAUGUUUUAAGUUUUUUUUUAAGGCAAAAAGGAAUAACAAUGGCAUGGAGAAUGGGACAGUUUAACGAAAGAGUAAAGAAUAAUGAAAACCAACUCUCUAUUGAUGAACAACCCGUCGUUAUUGGCCAAUGUAUCGUUCAAAACUCAUUGAAAAGAAACUAUAAGACAAUGCUGUAUAUGUGUGUAUAUAUGUAUGGUAGUUGUAAUUAUUAUUGCAAAUAAUAUCAUGGAUUCGUGGUGCAUUAUUUGAAAUUGGAAUUUU